AUGCCGCAGCCUACACCUGCCCGUAAGGCCUUGCUGCAUCUUUUACUGAAGUUGGUUGAGUUGGAGAGUGAGCCUUCUGCUAUCCCUGACCCGCCUGCGCUGAAGACGAUUUCGGUUUCGGUUUCGGUUUCGGUUGGUGGGGCUCAAGAUGGGUUGGAUGGUGGUGGUGGUGGUCAUUGCCGGAAGCAUUUAGAGUGGGUUUAUCCGCUUGUUGUGCGUGCUGUGCAGGUUGCUGGGAAGGAGAGGGAUGACGGGUUGAUUUUGGGUGCUUUGGGGAGGGUUUUGGAGGGAAUAGGGAGGGUUGAGGUUUAG